CGCGUCUCACCUCCCCGGCCGCAGUCGGGUGGCCCGGAGGGCGUCAGCGAGGCCCAGUCGGCCGGAGCCGCGUCAGCGGGCCCAGACGUCCCCCCGCCAUGGAGACCCGCUACAAUCUGAAGAGCCCGGCUGUUAAGCGUUUAAUGAAAGAAGCGGCAGAAUUGAAAGAUCCAACAGAUCAUUACCACGCGCAGCCUUUAGAGGACAACCUUUUUGAAUGGCACUUCACAGUGAGAGGGCCCCCAGAUUCUGAUUUUGAUGGAGGAGUUUAUCAUGGUCGAAUAGUGCUGCCACCAGAGUAUCCUAUGAAGCCACCAAGCAUUAUUCUCCUAACGGCUAAUGGACGGUUUGAAGUGGGCAAGAAAAUUUGUUUGAGCAUCUCUGGACAUCAUCCUGAAACGUGGCAGCCUUCAUGGAGCAUAAGGACAGCAUUACUAGCCAUCAUUGGGUUCAUGCCAACAAAAGGAGAAGGAGCCAUAGGCUCUCUAGAUUACACACCAGAGGAAAGAAGAGCACUUGCCAAAAAAUCACAAGAUUUCUGCUGUGAAGGCUGUGGCUCUGCCAUGAAGGAUGUCCUUCUGCCUUUAAAGUCUGGAAGUGAUUCAAGCCAGGCCGACCAGGAAGCCAAGGAGCUGGCUCGACAGAUCAGUUUCAAGGCAGAAGUCAAUUCAUCUGGAAAGACUAUUGCUGAGUCAGACUUAAGCAAAAACUCUUUUUCACUAAAUGAUUUACAAGAUGAUACACCUGCCACAACAUUCCAGGGUGCUACAGCCAGCACAUCGUUUGGAGUCCAGAACUCGUCUGUGGCAUCCUUUCAACAACCUACCCAACCUGUGGCUAAGAAUACCUCCAUGAGCCCUCGGCAGCGCCGGGCCCAGCAGCAGAGUCAAAGAAGGUCAUCCACUUCACCUGACAUAAUCCAGGCCCAGCAGCCAAGAGACAACCACACCGAUCAUGGCGGGUCAGCUGUACUGAUUGUCAUCCUGACUUUGGCAUUGGCAGCUCUAAUAUUCCGACGAAUAUAUCUAGCCAAUGAGUACAUAUUUGACUUUGAGUUAUAAUACUGCUUUCUGACUUCAAGAGUUGUGACUCAACUGCUUCAUUAAACAUUCUGUAUUGGGUAUAAUCUAAGAAUUGUUUAAAAAAGAUUAUUUUGUAUUUAUCCUUCAUUCCUUUUUUUUUUUUUUGAUCCUUAUAAAUUCAAUGUAAGUAUAGCCAGACAUUCAGGCUGUGUCCAGCAAUAUCUGCUGUUCAGUAAGAGAUCAGAAGCCAGAGUUCAUGGUCUCAUUAUUUCACCUGCUUCACAGACAAAGAAUUUAUUACUGUCUCUCCAGCUCAACUUCUUUUUCUGUAAAUUUGCCAUACUUUUCUGUGUAGCCCUUUGAAUUUUUCAGAUAAAGGAUGGUGUUUUAAAUUCCCAUGAGUAUUAUCUAGUUGCUCAGUAUCAUUUAGAGAGUACUCUUUCUACUGUAGAAUGAGGCAGGGAAAGAAGAAUUGAAAAGGGAGACCAGAACUCAAGUAGCUUCCUUCAGUGUCAUUGUAAGAGAAAUACUAGGGUUGCCCAUUCUGUGACUUUGUUUGCGUUUUAAAUAUUCUCCAGUGAAAUAACUUUUUUCAAACACUUGGAGCAUCUUUGUUGCAUCUUUGUUACAUCUUUGUUACUGGAUGUUACUUGAAGAGGAAGUACUUUGCAACCACUUUGAUAUGCUGUUAUUACCCCCUCUGAUAUAUAUAUAUAUAUAUAUAUAUAUAUACAGAUUUUACAAAAAGAAAGGAGGAAGAAAAGGGAAGGAAGAAAAAGAACUCAGUUCUCCAUAGCCCUUUUUCUUAAGGAAGGAAGGGUUCAAGCUAGGAAAUUGCUUCAUUUUCUUUCAGAGAAGUGAGCGGAUCAUAAAUUUGAAUAUUUGUCCUGCUCUGAGUUGUAUAUAUUUUGAAAUGUAUUAUUAUACCUAGCUUUGUAAUUGCUAUAAAUUUUAAUUAUCCCAGGAAUAUGCAUAAUUUGAAAUAUUUCACAUACCAUUUUAAUAGAAAAACUCAGGGCCCCGGUAAUAGCAGUAAUAGAAGGUAGGAAAUCUUUACUUAGAAUUAUUCCAAUCAAAGCCCAAGAAAGAUGUCCAGUGAAAAGAGUCUGUAUGUUGUUUAGUGCUAGCCAGCUGCCCAGAUGCUAAUAGAUAAACGUGUUGUCACAAUGCUGCUGCAGCACUGCCCACAGAAGACUGCAUCAUGCUCCCUAGUGGCAUGGAGGCCCUGUCGUGAAGACUGAAUUUUCAGAUGCAGGCUUUUAGGUUAGCCUCUAAAAGUACACUUAAGAUUUUUUUGUUUCAUUUUGACACCACAAGCAAUAUAAAUAAUAUUUAAGCUCUCAUCCAUGAAAAUUAUCCCAUUUGGGAUAGGGUAUUCAUAAAGUCCUUAUGUGAUUUUAACUGAAUUAUGGGCAGGAUACAAAAGACUACAUAAAAUCGUUUUAAAGACAAAUUUAACUUUUAUUCUUGUUAUGAGACUAGAAUUUCGAACCUACUAACCACAAGACAUAAUUUCUGUUUUCAUAGCCAGUUUUCCAUUAUGUCUGCAUCUAAAAUAAAAAUAUAUUGUACAACA